GUCACGCCGGCGCGCUCGUUCCAUAGCAACCUCCAGACCCGGCCGGGGGGCGUGGCCGAGAGAAAGGAAAAGCGGCGCGCGCCAGUCCAGGGAUCCGUCACAUCAUGGCCUCUCACGGAGCAUCCCUGAUCUCCACCUCCGCCGUAGAGAACUCCCUGUCAUCCCUCAGGAACUGCCAGGCUUAUAUCGACACAGGAAUGGAAAUCACCACAGGAGUAGCCCUCGAUCUUAUACAGAACGGAGGUGACGCCGCAGAUGUGGACAGCAUGGAGUCCGUCAUGCUGGAAUACGCCGUGCUGAACAGAGAUCUGAACCACUAUAUCAGUGCCGUGGAGGAAACCGUGCGUCAGGUCAAAAGAGACCAACCUGAGGACGUGCCAGAUUUGAGGCAGCUCGUACACCAGACCUACAAUUCCCAUCGGAAACAAAAUACAGAUGAAGCACUGAAGAAAAGCAAUAAAUUCGUAAAUUUUAAAGAACAGAUCAGAGACCUAAGAAAACAAAUGGGCAUCUCUCAAGGGUCAGAAGAUGGAGCGUUGGAGGACGAUGACGAGGAGAUUGCGGUCACACAAAGCACUGCUAAUUUCACCUGCCCCAUAACACAGAUGGAGAUGGUGAACCCAGUGAAAAACAAAGCGUGCGGUCACACGUAUGAGAGAGAAGCAAUUGAAAAGAUGAUUCAGAGCAGACACCGGAAAAAUAAAAACAUCAGGUGUCCAACCAUUGGCUGCGAUGUCUCCGACAUGAGCGUAUCAGAUCUCGUUCCAGACACUGCACUCAAAAGAGCCAUUGACAUACACAAGAGGCAAAGUCAAUCUAAGCAAUGAAUCCUCUAGCUUAUAGUCCGGUGACUUUGAAGCCGAUUUUGCACGCGCUGUGUAACCCCGUUGUAAGAUACAGCAAAAGUGAAGGCUUGUGUAACAUGUAAGGACGGAUUGAGGUAUUCCAGUUCUAAAAAAAAUAUUUUUUGUUAAUAAAGUUGUUUUCUUCUUU